AUGGAGGCCGCGGGCGCCGGGGCCGGGGCGGCAGCCUCGCGCCUGGAGGCUCGCGAGCCCUCGGACGACCGGCUUUUCUUGGUUAAAGGUGGCAUUUUCCUUGGGACUGUUGCUGCCGCGGGAAUGCUAGCUGGAUUCCUUACGACGUUAUCACUGGCUAAGAAGAGAAGCCCUGCCUGGUUCAGUAAGGGCAGUGUGGCCACGGCGGCCUUGCCGGAGAGCGGGGCGGCCCUGGCCUUGCGCGCACUGGGCUGGGGCUCGCUGUACGCCUGGUGUGGAGUGGGUGCCAUCAGCUUCGCCGUCUGGAAAGCGCUCGGCGUCCACAGUAUGAAAGACUUUCGCAGUAAAAUGCAAUCGUUAUUCCCAACAAUUCCCAAGAACCCCGAGUCGGCUGCUGCGGAGUGGGAGGAGGCCUGGAAAUCCAAAUGAGACGGGCCAGGAGGACCUUGGACAGGGUGUCCCAGGACAGGGGACCCCAGAGAGACGGCGCCUCGGGGACGUGCGGGGCUCGGCUGCUCCUCGGGGUCUUCAUCACACGCAGGGACUUGAAAAUGGAUUUGCCUGUGUCAGGUUAAAAACAAUCCUUCUAGAGAGGUGUUUGCUCUGUGAUGAGACUCCGGGUCAGGCUUCUGUUCUCGGCUGUUGUUGCUGAAACACUAUGUGACCGUGGAGAAAGAAAAAUACCCGUCCGAUGGAGAAUCUUUAUAAAAGGACACACGUACCUCAACUUGUCCGAGAAA